CCCCUGACCAAUUACUACAAUCAUUGAAUCAUGUACGGGAAUCCCACACAAGAGGUCUCUGUGGUUAAAAAGUGUUUGGAGGAGGUGAAAGCAGCAGCAGAAGGAGGAAGCAAUUUAAGAGGCGGCAAUGGCAUAAUAAAGCUGGAUGCGCUGCUUCCAAAUGAGAUCAUAAAAUAUGUAGAAGAUGAGGAUUUUGGGGAAGCAGCUGAGCUUCAGUGGAAGGCAGUGGUGGAGGACAUGUACCUAAAGCAAAAGCAAGGGGAAGAGAGUUGGGCCACCGAUUUCAUGGCCAUACCAGUCAUAGAAUUGGCAGUGUGUUUUGGAUUUGUGCUGUCUGAACUGAUUACAGAUCUGGCAUGGAAAGGAAAGGUGAUCAGUUUUGGUCAUUUACCUGAUCAGCCGCUGCUGCAUUUAAUACAAGGCGAUGAUCUCAAGUCCAUGCGCGAGUUUAUGAUGAGGACAUGCUUCAGGGAGUCCAACGAGGGUGUUGAUUUGCGGAAAGUGUUUGAUUUGAUUCUGGAAGUGGUUGUAAAUGAGAACUUGAAGGCAGAGCAGAUUAUCAAGAAAGUGUUUGUGUUCACCGACUUCAAGGGAUUUUUUAGCUGCACCUCGAUGAUGCCACACAUUUUGCUUUGGAAUAUUUGUGACUGGAAGUUUCCUCAUUCCAAAGAACAUCAUCCAGGGGUGACGAUGGUGAGUGGCUUCUCCGACAAUUUGAUUAAGUCCUUCUUGGACAAUGGUGGGGAAAUUGGCCCGCAAGCUCUCAUGGAAGGAUCCAUUGCUACAAAGAGUAUCAAACUUUCUCUGUGGUUGAGUGUAACUUUUGCACUUUGAUCAAAGAUUUACAGAUAAGCGGCAGGCCGGUUUAAUAAGUAACAAAUUUGAUCAAAUUUGGUGAAUGAGCUAUUUUUUUGAA